CAGCCGUCCGGGCACUUUCCGCUCUGAAGAACCAGGGGAGGCCGAGGCUCCCGCGCUUGAGUGCGGGCCUCCGCUCCUCUGCUAGGCGCGACCGGCUCCGGCUGAGGGCGGUCUUGCUCUGAGGGCCGUCAGCUGCCUUCAGGAGAGCGCGGGCCAGGAGAGAGGCCGCCCGCCGGCUUUUGUGUGGGGCAAGCCGCGAAGGGCCUCCGAGGGAGGGCGCCUCGGCCUGGCUUGGUUUUCCUAACUCGUUUCAUCGGCCUGUUGCCGGGACCGAUGGGAAAUGUAGUUCGGCAAAGGGGCUGACGGCUGCGCGGCCUUCCUGAGAGGGGAAAUCGCACAGCUGCAAGUUGGAGGGUUUGUGACAAGAAAGGUGAAAUUAAACAGGAAUUCUGAUGGCGCCUUGAUCCAAAUUGGUUCAUCCUCGAGGUAGCGGCUUGGCCAGGAAGCAUGCCUUCUGUCCAGCUGGAUCAGACCCCAAGGCAGCGCUGGCAGAAGGUGCUGUACAAGAAGCAGCCGUUUGCCGACAACUAUGUGGACCAGAGCUUCCUGGAGAAACUCCGCAAGAACGUCCAUGCGCGCAAGUACCUGUACUGGGCUGUGGUGUUUGAGUCCGGAGUGAUGAUACAGCAACUGUGCAGCGUCUGCGUUUUUGUCGUCAUCUGGUGGUACAUGGACAUGGGGCUGCUGGCUCCUCAGUGGUUAUUUGGGGCUGGCCUGGUCUCCUCCCUCAUUGGCUAUGUCUUCUUCGAUGCCAUUGACUCAGGUGCAGGGAGGAAUGAGAGUGGGCGGACACGGUGGGCGGAUCUGAAGAGCUCGGUGGUUUUCGUGGCCUUCACCUAUGGCUUCUCCCCAGUACUGAAGACGUUAACGGAGUCCAUCAGCACAGACACCAUUUAUGCUAUGUCUGCCUUCAUGCUCCUCGGACACCUGAUCUUUUACGACUAUGGGGCCAAUGCCGCCAUUGUGUCCAGCACCCUCUCUCUCAACAUGGCCAUCUUUGCCUCUGUCUGUCUGGCUUCCAGGCUGCCCCGGUCCCUGCAUGCCUUUGUCAUGGUGACAUUUGCAAUCCAGAUCUUUGCCCUCUGGCCCAUGCUGCAAAAGAAGCUCAAAGCCCAGACUCCCCACUGCUACGUGGUCAUCACUUUCCUUUCUGCAGUGUCUGCCCUGGUGGGCCUGUUGACCAUAUCUAGUGUCGGCGCUGUUCUCUUUGCCCUUCUGCUGGUCUCCAUCUCCUGCCUGUGCCCUUACUGCCUCAUCAGGUUGCAGCUCUUCAAAAAUAAUAUCCAUGGGCCUUGGGAUGAAGCUGAAAUCAAAGAAGAUCUUUCCAAAUUCCUCAUGUAGACCAUGAAUCAUGUAGGAAGUGCUGCCAUCGCUAGUGCCAACAUAAAAACAUCUGUUCUUGGAGAAGGGGAUGAUAAAAGACCAUUCAUUUAAAGUGUGAGACACUGCCUCAAGGCCUUCUGCUCUGGGAUAUUGUGUUUUCCUAAAUACUUUGCCUGCUGUUUGGGGUCACUCCAAUUAUGGUAGCUGCCGUCUAUGAACGGGCAGUGGUUGCAAUAUUGUAAAAACAAGUACUGGGAUGUGGAAAAUGUUUAACGGGAACGCUUGGAAUGUUUUUUCUGUUGAAAAGGGCUGGUUAAACAUCUCUGUAACACACUAUAUGGAAGAAUCCAAGGGGUCAUUAUGGAUUUGGGUCAUCGCAGUGUCGGUGUCUAUUUUGUUUGGAACUAAAAGUUAACGAAGCAGGAACUGCUGGGACAGCAGACAAUAAACAUUUUAAAGCAUUUUACAUUGCAAGCACUUAGUUCGUCACUGCAGUUUUUGGGAACAAUGUUAAGAGCGGUUGAAGAAAAACAAGGCGAACGUUUCAGCAGCUGAGCUGCCAAAUCCCAUUAGAAUGCCUUUCAGGAAUUCAGCUGCUCAACAAGUUAAUUGAGAUAAAUAAUUGAAAAAUAUUUCAAGGGGGGAACUCCAGAUCAGCAAAUUAGAAUACAUAAAAAGAUCAGACCAGGAAAUGAGAUGCUCUUGUGCCAAUGUGCGAGCCCAUUCAGAGUCCAUGCCGCGGAAUAGAACUUCUGCUCUGGUUUAGGGUUAACGCUAGCAAUAUUUAGCCCUGUACUGGGGUCUUAAGGCCAUAUGAGAUUGAAUAUAAUUUAUUUUUUUAAAAAAACAGAAUCUGGACUACCCUCUUGAGGUCAUAGUAUUUCCCAGAAAGCAAAAGAAGGAAUCUUUAGCAUGUGUAAUAGAGGUCAUUGUGCAGAUUAAGGAGGGAAAUACCAAAGCUAGUCUGUUUCUUUUGAAAAUGGCUUCCUUUUGUCUCUCCCCUCUCCCCCCCAUUCUUUAAAAAAGUAGCACACACUUAUUCUCCUGGAAUCAAGAAAAUAUUUAGCGAACACCUAUUUCUGGGAUAAUUUUCGAGGUGAGAAAAUCUGACACAACACAGCCAGUUGCUGACUUCCAUGCAUUGUUUGUUUGUUUAUUUUGCAUCCUGCCUUUCAUAUACUCAGAGUGUCAAAGGAAAACCUAAAUUGCAUCAAUACAAAAUAGCAACGUUCAACCACAAGCACUGUCAAAUGGCGCUGCAGUCAAGAUGGCCAAGCGAAGGACUGCUGUUAGCCUUCCCGCUGCUGCGGUGGUUGGUAUCCUCUCUGCCAACAGCAGGGCUGGCAAGUGUUUGUUUAAAUAUUGUGUGUUUUUUUAAAAAACGUAUUUUAAAAAAAAACCUUACUAGCUGUUUGUACUGUACUGUGACAGUUUCUUAGGAGAUUAUUCAGAAGAGAACAAUAAAAUAGUUCUUGCUUGA